ACAGGCUACUUUGACACUGACAAACUGAGAAUCGAAGUUCAAUAAAAACAACCUUGUCUUGAAUCAAUCAAUAGCUCAGGCCUCGGUCUGUGGAGACUCACAUAUGAGGAGGAAAUUAUAGUCCUAAAAAAGCUUUCCAGUUUCACUGACUCAGAUGCCCAGAUCACUCUCUGGCGAUGGCAGAUGAGCUCAUCCAAUAGCAUAUCGCUCCUGUCCACAGCUCGUCUCAUAGACUAGAAGUAACAUAGAAAAUGUAAAUCCAGGACACUGAAAUUAGUAUGAUAUGUUACAUUUGGUAUGGUUACAUAAGACAGAAAGUCCCACCAUAACGCCUGUGCAUUUUGGACUUCUAACCCCGUUUAAACUUUGUUUUAGCUACAGAAGUGUAUCAUUGGAUUGAUAAAUAUCUGUGCACGUGCUUAACAGAAAGGGUAGUCAUUUUUCACAUGUAAUACACAGCAACGGGAAGUUUCCUAUGCACAUCAAUAGCAGUACCAGGUCCAGUAAGCUGAGUUUGCGGUAAAAGCAAAAACACCUUACUUUGAUUGCAACCACUUGAACAGCAUCACAAAACACAGGAGGUCCCAAUGCUAACGUAAGGUACCUCAGUCUUUCUUUUCUCCCAGGACCGGAUAGUUCCAGGUCCUCAGUCCAGUCGUUCACCCCAGGAAUCCUUCAGUUUCCCUCAUUGCAGGUGGAGAUCAGUCGAGAUGGAGAAAGGUUAUCCCGGGGAUGGUACUUCUGCCCCUCACCCAGAACCUCCCAUGAACUAUGGGGGGAUAGCCACGGGCCAGGGCCCCCAGCCAGGCUUGUACCCCCAGCCCCCAGGCGGAAAUCCUGCCUCCCCUGGUCCUCCACAACCAGGGUUCCAGCCUGGUCCCUACCAGGGAGGUCCCCAAGCAGGUGUGUACACACCUCCACCACAGUACACCUCUGGACCAGGUGGACCGGUGCCAGUUGUGACCCAGGUAAUAAUGACUCCUAGCCUGAUGGAGGUCGGAGGUUCGACCAUGUGUCCCCACUGCCAGCAGCACGUGGUCACCAAGACAGAGACCAACUCUGGCCUGCUCACCUGGCUUAUCUGUGGUGGCCUCUUCAUUGUUGGGUGCUGGCCAUGCUGCGCCAUCCCUUUCUGUGUAGACUCAUGUAAAGACGUGAAUCACAGCUGUCCCAACUGCAACAAUAUCAUCUACGUCUACAAACGCAUUUGAUAUUAAUUUGACCUGACUGUACUACCUUUAUCUGAAGGACUGGGACAUGGCACUUCAAUCAAAUCAACAUUUCUGUAAAUGUAUGAGGUUCGUAUUCACUAGGGCAUGUGAUGUUGGAAAAUGUUUUACAACGAAGAAACAAAAACUCAUUCUUAUUGGACAAGUCCAGAUAGUCCCUCUCUUUUUCAGUCCAUUUUCUUCCAUUUGGUGCCUAAUGAAUACAACCCAGGGGUAGCCAAAAGGGUUAUGUCUAUCCUAUAUAGUCCCUGAGCAGGUGGUGAGCUUCCCUCAGCUCCACAAAAUACUACAUAAUAUAUGCCAUUUAGCAGAUGCUUUUAUCCAUUUUUGUAUGGGUUGUCCUAGCGGAAAUUCAAACCCACAAGUGCCAAGCUCCAUCAGGUCCCUGGCCAGACUUGACCCUUGUAGUGACUACCAAAGAGAAUCCUGAUACCAAAGACUGGUAGUAGCUGUGCUAUAGCUGUUUCACUGUAGUUCUGUACUCGUCUGAAGUCCAUGAAAGUAAAGGAACUUCUAAACCACUCUACUUAUUGUAAUAUUGUUACAUUGAGAUGUAUAUAUCACCAUCACUUCUUAUUGUAAUAUUGUUACAUUGAGAUGUAUAUAUCACUUCUUAUUGUAAUAUUGUUACAUUGAGAUGUAUAUAUCACCAUCACUUCUUAUUGUAAUAUUGUCACAUUGGGAUGUAUAUAUCACCAUCACUUCUUAUUGUAAUAUUGUUACAUUGAGAUGUAUAUAUCACCAUCACUUCUUAUUGUAAUAUUGUUACAUUGAGAUGUAUAUAUCACCAUCACUUCUUAUUGUAAUAUUGUUACAUUGAGAUGUAUAUAUCACCAUCACUUCUUAUUGUAAUAUUGUUACAUUGAGAUGUAUAUAUCACCAUCACUUCUUAUUGUAAUAUUGUUACAUUGAGAUGUAUAUAUCACCAUCACUUCUUAUUGUAAUAUUGUUACAUUGAGAUGUGUAUAUAUCACCAUCACUUCUUAUUGUAAUAUUGUUACAUUGAGAUGUAUAUAUCACUUCUUAUUGUAAUAUUGUUACAUUGAGAUGUAUAUAUCACCAUCACUUCUUAUUGUAAUAUUGUUACAUUGAGAUGUAUAUAUCACCAUCACUUCUUAUUGUAAUAUUGUUACAUUGAGAUGUAUCCAUCACCAUCAUACUUCUUAUUGUAAUAUUGUUACAUUGAGAUGUUUUUGUUAUUACACUCUUGCAGUCGUUCCCUCACCGAUCCCGUUCUCUUUUUUCCUCUGAAAGUUCUACUACUCAUUUGUCAUAAAAGACCAUUGUCAAUAAUUACAAUGGAUCUCAUGGUUGUCUUUUCACUUCCUGUCUAGUUGCUCUGUAAAGCUCUGAUUAAAGUUGUCUGUAUUGAA